AUGUGACCGGUGUGGUCCUGCCGUUUCCUCCUUUCUUCUACCGUGUGCGUCUGUUCGUGUCAUUCUGAAGUCCUGCUUUUCAAACGUGUUUGUAACCUGGAGGCUCAAAGUCAGCGAGUGUAGCACGUGAACAGCACGUGAACAGCACGUGAACCAGUUUAAAGUAUGGACUUGUCGUAUGGCCCCUUGGUCUUGGGUGUAGCAGCUGGCCUCGGCUGUGGGCUCCUUCUUGGUUGGCGCCUUGGGGCCCGCUUUGGCGCAACAUCCAAAAGUCUGUUGAAAGGGAAUGGCUCUGGAGAAGCAAGCGUGAUGGGAGAAGGAGGCGAGUUCAAGAUGAUUCUGGUGGUCAGGAAUGACCUAAAGAUGGGCAAAGGGAAAGUUGCUGCCCAGUGUGCCCAUGCUGCUGUGUCGGCUUACAAGCAGGUCCAACGCAGGAACCCUGAGCUGCUCAGACAGUGGGAAUACUGUGGCCAGCCCAAAGUGGUGGUGAAGGCGCCUGACGAGGACACCCUGAUUGACCUGCUAGGCCGCGCCAAGGAAAUGGGACUUCCCGUUAGCUUGAUCCAGGAUGCAGGAAGGACACAGAUCGCACCGGGCUCACGCACCGUGCUGGGCGUCGGCCCGGGCCUGGCCGAUCUGAUCGACAGUGUCACUGGAGACUUGAAGCUCUACUAGAGAUCCAGCUUUCAGCUGAGCUACCAGGAGUUUUAUUGCAGGGCUUAGUUCAGUAAUGACACAUUUGUACUUUUACUGUGAUAGCUCAGUGACACGGAGCAGUUCUUCACAUCAACGGGACGCUCAGAAAUAUGAUGAUUUAAUAACCUUUGUCCAAAUUAUGUACUGCUAAUGAGAAGAUUGAUUUGUAGGCACUCAUACUGUGAUGUUGCACUGAAGCAGCAGAGCAGCUUAAAUGAAUGUAACAUCACAAUGGUGCUGAGACUCAAUGGCAUUUAUUUUUUCCUAUAAAAUAAUGUUUUGGGGUUUUUUUUAUGUGUAACUAGAAAACUAAUUGAUGGGGUGCUGAUGAAAGCCACAGUUACAAAGCAGAGGUGGAGGUUUUACAGAACAGCAGGUCAGAAAAUCACCUUAUUUUUAACAUGUUUAAAAUGAGAAAAGCUUUUGUCUACACGUCAGUCAUCAUGAGCUGGUCAAAUCCUCUAGAAGGUAAAGAAAGAUGCGCUGACUAGAAAGGAGAUGAUGUCACGCUAUUAGUGUUCGUAACGCUGCUGUAUUAAAAUCUGCUUCGUAUGAAGCUGUUUCAGUGUGAAACACUUGAAAUGUGAGUUUAGAAAAGUGACAAAUAAAGACAAUUGGAUACAUUCAUGUAACUGAGUUUAAGGCUACAGAUCAGAGCCAUGUGUGUAAAUACAACCAAUGUUUCACUGUUGUGCUACGUAUUUAAAAAUUCCAGCCCUGAUAACGUUUUGCGUCUGCCUGCCCACUUUUAUGAAACACAGUAACAUCUGCUGCCACAUCAUUAGGUAGUCUAACAUGAGUGCAGUCAUGUUGUCUGAGCACCGCGAUUCUUUGCUUGACCUCGUGUUUUCUGGGUCGGGAAAAGACGUUCACGUUUUAAUCAUAAGCAAUGUUUCUACACUGUAAAAAACGAAGGUGACACUUUAUCAUCCCACUACAUCAAGGUCAGUUAAAUGCAGAGCUCCACAAAAUCCCCUUCAGCAGCCUACUUGUGCAUGUUUCUGACUGAA